AUGGACUUGUCAAGGAAAAUAACAAAUUCUCAGCGUCUACCACCUCCGGCUCUUUUUCAAGGCCCACCCUCACAUAAUGUCUCGAAUCUCUCACUAUCUGUACCGCCCGCAACCUCCACUUUGGCAACACCCUCCGGCAGCCAACCUCCACCUCUCCAUCGAAACCGGUCACCUCGUGGAGCAGAAGGCGAGAAUGCCGAGAAAUCAAGUUUAUUAUCCCCAUUCGUUUCGCGACGCCAGUCAAGAAGUGAUGUUGAUGGAUCCGACGCUAUCUGGCAGGAGAUGCAAAACGCACUGUCAGAAGUCGAGCUCAGUGCCGUGACAAGCGAGAAUGUCUUCGGCGAGAAGCACUCUGAAGCCCUGGAAGACCUACGCCUGAAGCAAUUGAAGCUCGCUCAGGCAUGGGCACGUAGCGAAGCGGACGACGAAGUCGUGGACCCCAGUCACAGUGGUGCCGAUGCAAGUAGCACCAAAGCCAAUUCAACUCGGCAGCGUGGUGAAUCAAAUACCAAGGAUGAUGCUACCACUGAACAGAGCGCAGGUCGCGGUUCGGUAUCUCAUCACAACCUGGACGAAGAAACGGAGAAAGAUAUUCGUCUCGCGCGCAAGCGUCGCGAGGCCAACGAUCGAUACUUUGAUCGGGUGAACCAAGGCGUUUUGGAUGUUGUCGCUAAACUAGAGGAAGUUGCUCAGGCCAUGCGCACGGUUGAAAGAGAGAGCAAGGAUAUUUGGAGUGAUUCGGAUAGUGUGGCGACAACUGCACCAUCCUCAACGCAUUGA